UCGUUCCGCAGCGCCUCCCCCGUUCUGUGGAACUUAAGACAGACCCGUUCAGACCCUGAGGGAGAGGAGAGAGGAGAGACAGCUUGGAAGUUACAGCCUACGAAUCGGAAUCCGAAGCAGAGAUUGGGAGUUUUUAAAAAGCAGAUGUGCUGAGCGUGCGGAAGCUCUGGUCCAGGACCGAGAACGGCCGGGACAAAAUCCUAAUUAAAAAAAGCUUGGCCAGACCCCAACUGCAUUAUCCAGGUGAAAGCCAAAUAGCAGAGAUGGACUCUGUUUACAUUAAACAGGAGAUGCCUAAACUGGAGCCUGUCCACAUUAAAGAGGAAGAGACUGAACUGGAGCUUGUCCACAUUAAAGAAGUGACUGAACUGGAGCCUGUCCACAUUAAAGAGGAAGAGUCUGAACUGGAGCCUGUCCACAUUAAAGAGGAAGAGUCUGAACUGGAGCCUGUCCACAUUAAAGAGGAAGAGUCUGAACUGGAGCCUGUCCACAUUAAAGAAGAAGAGACUGAACUGGAGCCUGUCCACAUUAAAGAAGAGACUGAACUGGAGCUUGUCCACAUUAAAGAGGAAGAGUCUGAACUGGAGCCUGUCCACAUUAAAGAGGAAGAGACUGAACUGGAGCCUGUAAAUAUUCAAGAAGAGGAAAAUAUACUGGAGCCUGUCCACAUUAAAGAGGGGUCUAUUGAGUUAUUGUUUAAGGAAUCAGAAAACAUAUCCCGGCCAAAGAUAUCAGAUCAAUGUACUGAAUGCGGCAAGACCUUCAGUCGGUUAGAAAGCCUAAAAACACAUGAGCGAAUUCACACUGGAGAGAAGCCAUAUCAGUGUACUGAAUGUGGGGAGAGCUUCCGUCAGAUUGGAAGCCUAAAAAGACACCAGCGAAUUCACACUGGAGAGAAGCCUUAUCACUGUACUCAAUGUGGGAAGAGCUUCAAUCAGUUAGGAGUCCUAAAAAGACACCAGCGAAUUCACACUGGAGAGAAGCCAUUUUGCUGUACUGAGUGCGGGAAGAGCUUCAGUCAGUCAGGAGACCUAAAAGCACAUCAGCGAAUUCACACUGGAGAGAAGCCGUAUCACUGUACUGAAUGUGGAGGCAGUUUCAGUGAGUUAAGACAGCUAAAGAAACACAAGAGAAUUCACAAUGGAGCCUGUCUCCCUCCCUCCCAGUCCCUCACCUCUCCACCAUGCUUGUUUGUGUGUGUGGGGAGUUAUGUGAUUCCUUGUCUCUCUCUCACCCUGCAGUAAAUGAAGGGGAUCCCCAGGAGUGAGAGCCAGCCUGAAUCCAGAGACACUGAGAAGGGGAGCGUGUCAAACUGAAGGAGACAGACCCAUUCUUUCAGAAUGAACUGGAGAGCCCUGGGAUUCAGGUCCACUGAAUUGGAAAUUAAUCUCUCAUCAUGCUGUGAGGAUUUAGGACAGAGUUACAGGGUCAUUCUACUUAGAAAGGACACAUAUGAAAUAUAUGCCAAUCUUUUUCUCUGAUCACUUAUAUGUGUGAUACGAACCUAACCCAUUAAACAAAGCUGCCAAUAAGAUUUAUCCUAUUUUUUAAAUGUAAUAUGAGCUGUACAUGGUAUAGGACUUCGGAUUUUCGGUUUUAACCAAUAAAACACCCCUCACAAAAAUAAUGAAAUCGGUGGAUAGCCAAUAAACACAAUAAAACACCGGAAAAAACUGUGGAAAUUGUUAAUCUAUUCCCAGUAAAAAAUAAAACCUACUACAAAAAUAAUAAAUACAUUUCCCAGUGCUGCUGGGCAAUAUCCAGCCUUCCUGACUUGCAUCUAUAAUUAUUAUUAUUAUUAUUUAUUUCUUAGCAGACGCCCUUAUCCAGGGCGACUUACAAUUGUUACGAGAUAUCACAUUAUUUUUACAUACAAUUACAUUCUUUUUUACACAUUAUUUUUACAUACAAUUACCCAUUUAUACAGUUGGGUUUUGACUGGAGCAAUCUAGGUUGAUUAGUUCUCAAUACUUUGAACCCGCUCCAACCACUGAGUGACAGCACAUUCCUACAUUUCUAUUGGAGACUACGCUUGCAUGAUUUAAAACGAGAUUACAAUCAGGAUGGACGUUUGUUAGCGGGAUUUCUAGCUGUAUUACAGUUAAGAUACAGAGGAUUUAAAACAGAAUUGUGACGAAAUGUAGAAAAAUGCCUCCAGACAGAAACCCCAGAAGAAUGUGCCCGUGACCAUAGGGAUUUUACUGUGGAAGACAGCAAAAGAAAGAAGGUACAACCUAAGUGUGCAAGUACUGUCGAUAUUUUGACAGAAAAAAAAAAUGUUCAAGCAUUUUGGAAAGUAACAAAACACUCAUUUCAAACAGUAUAUCAAAAACGAAAGCCCCGAACUACAUAAAACUCGAAAAUAGCUAAAAAUAAGCACCGAAAAAUACAAUUAAUAAAACCCGAAAAAGCCAAUGUCCCACUGAAAUAAAAAAUGUCCCGCUGAAUUUGUCAACGCGCCCGUGUGUCCCACUUCCCAGACCAGACGCAAUAUCAUUACACAGUAAAUUAAUGCAUUUUGUAUUAACAUGACAGGUCUGAUGACAGGGUCAUCUUUUUUUAUGCCAGCACUCCCCCCCCCCCCCCCCCCCAAGACUUGUUUGUUUACACUUGUGUUUUCAUAAUUAAACUCCCAUGCUUUUAUUCUCCAGUGCAGUAGAAUGCGCUUGCACCUUCCAAAAUUAUGUUUUUAAGCACCAACUGUCUCUUGGCCAUUUUGACAGUAGGUCUAUAAGGGCAUGAUAAAAGAUUAUAUAUACAGUCUAUGUGAUUUUAUACAGCACUGUAUAUAAUACAUCUUGCAUUGAGAAAACGCCACUGGAAUCGGAAUAAAGGAAAUUACUAUGUAAUACAGUUCACGUGCAGUCACAGUUUUGGUAAGUACCAUUUUCAAAACCAUAUCAUUAUGUGCAGUAUUAAAAUAUAGGAAAUCCACAAAACCAACAAUAUACAUAUUGUAUAUUUGACAUUUUAAGUGUAGUGUUCUGUGUAACACAGGCCAUCGUUUAACCUUGAAAAAAAUUAAAUACAGUACCGUACCUGAAGCAAAUAUACGUGUAUAUCAUAUCAACAACACCAAAAUAUAGCAAAAAUUGUUCUGAAAACUCAAAUAUUUAUUUUGUACCACUUGCCAAUCUAUUGCAAACUUUGGUCAUGUAAUCAGUGUUUAAUCACUACCACCAGACUGAUGUGCUGUGACAGAGCGUUCCGUGCACACAUGACGAAUUUGCAUAUUAAAUGUGUAGGUUUUAAAUAAGCCCUUUCGUUUAAAUGUCAUAUAAAUAGUUGGGCAGUUACUGCAGUCUGUCUCUGCGAUAAAAAAAAUACAUAUUUUAAAAAACUAAAAGCCUAGUCUUAUUGUUUCCUGUAUGCGUUCGUGCCUGCAAAACAAUAUUUUCUUUUUUCAGUGACCCGAUUUAAAGUUAAGUACUAUUGGUUUCAAAAUACAGAAUGUAUGGCAAAUCAGAAACCGUAGUAUUGCCAUGCGGUCUAAUUUGACAAGCUGUUACGUCUGGUGUGAUUGUAAGAGUUUUUAGCUUUCAAUACAGUGAAAAAAUCUGUGGUAACAAGCAGGGAUAUCCAUCACACUGAUACUAGGUAAGCAUUUUAUUGUUUUUUAAUUAGCAUCAAUGCUGUACAUUUUGUCACCAAGAAUUUAAAAAUGCCAAUAAUAUGUUUUUUUAAUGAGGUCAGCUGUAGAGAUGCUUGGAUAAUGAACUUUUCUUUGCCUUAUUUUCUGUAAUUUUAUUAUCAAUAAAAAUACACGAUUGCCAUUUGC